AUAGCAAGCAACCACAGUUAUCUCACUUCCUUUGUAUAGCAGAUGUGGAACUACCUUACUGUUACUGUACUAUACAUGUUGUUGUAAUGGUGUCUGUAGAUUGAUGUCUGAAGAAAGACAGCACACUUUAAAUGCGAAGACUUGACAAUGCAAAACUACUGCUGUCAUGGGACUUUUUUCUCUGCAUGAAAAAAGAGAAGUGAAAGUCUCUGCAGAAUGGCAUCAGUAAAGCUGUUGAAGGACAACCGAGUCACGCUAGUCGAUGAGCUUGAAGAUCACAUUGAGCUCAUUUUAGAGGAGAUGGUCCAGAGAAAGGAGUUCACCAGGGAUGAUUGUGAAGUUGUGAAGUGUGAGUCUGGGCCUCGAAUGAAAGUCAGGAAAGCCCUUGACAUCGUUUACUGCAAAGGGGAAGAUGCUGCCAACAUGUUUAUGUUUUUAUACUCUCAGUUCAAACAGAACAAUCCAAAACCAAUGCCUGAAAAAAGGGAGACAAAACAUACUGGUGACUACCACAAGUCAAUCCAAAAACACAAACAAGCACUUAAACGCAGAAAUGAGUGUAUGAUGUAUUAUAAUACACGGCAUGGCGAGAAAGUUUCCUUUUCUGAACACUUUGUAAAUCUAUUGCUUGUCAAGGGACAUUACAACAUGGAGAUCAAACAGCAUGAACUGCUAGCAUUUGGGCAGCACCGGAUCCAAUUACAAGACAAAGUUGUGGAGCGAACACAAAUCAAACCAGAACAACUGUUUAUAGAUCUAAAACACCGGCCACCCCCAAAGAAAAUCCUGGUAACUGGGGUUGCAGGUAUAGGAAAAACGGCUCUAGUCCAAAAAAUACUGUGUGACUUCGGGAGUAACAGUGGUUAUAGUACCUUCGACUUUGUGAUUCAUUUUACUUUCAAAGACCUUAACUUGGUAAACAAGCCAACAAACUUGAGAAAUUUGAUCCUUCGCAAAAAUGGGCAUCUGUCGAAGGUAUUGGAUGAGAUUUUUGAAAAUGAUGAUAAGCUUUUGAUCAUUCUAGAUGGCUUUGAUGAGUUUAAAUUCUGCACCAGGUGUGAUGUUGAAUGGUUUGUCAGUGACCCUGACCAAGAGGCCGAUAUUGUCCAGAUCUGUAGCAGUCUUUUACAAGGUGAACUUCUUCCUGAAGCAUCAGUCCUUCUUACCAGCAGGCCUACUGUUAUUAGUCAGAUCCCUGUGGAGUGCAUUGAUCGGUUUGUCAUCGUCACUGGCUUCUCUGCAGAAGAAAUAAGGGACUUCUUUCUGAAAUACUUUCAGGAUGAAGACUUGGGUGGUAAAAUGUUUGACCUUGUCAAGAUCAAUCAUCUCCUGUUCACCUUGUGCUACAUACCUGUGUUCUGUUAUGUUGUGUGUAGCAUGCUGAAGGAAAGUGAAGGAGUGAGCACUGUCCAACCAAAGACUAUGACUGACAUUUACACCCAAUAUCUAACAGCUUUACUAAAGUCCCACACUCGCAGUAGCAGUGAAUCUGCCACCGGCGACUCAGGAAGCAUUCAUGAACUGACAGAGAGUGUGGUUAGCUUAGGGAGACUGGCCUACACCAAACUACUGCAGCAUGAGACUCUCUUUUAUGGAGACAAUGUGGAUCUGGAUAAAGUUGUAACCAGUAAUGUUGUCAGUGCCUUCCUUGAUAAAACUACCAUCCAGGAACCAUGCUCUACAGUGGAUGUUUACUCAUUCACACACUUUACUGUCCAGGAGUUCUUUGCGGCUCUUUAUUAUAUGUUGGAAGAAAGCCCCUCACAUGAUAUAAGGGAUUCUGAGGUUUACCUCAAACACAGGGCCAGCGUGGGAUACCUGGAUCUUUUCCAUAGGUUUCUCUCAGGGCUGCUUUCUGAAAGAAAUCAAAAGCUGCUUUCCAAGCACAUUCUUCUGAGAGGAACUAAUACAUCAGAAUCUUACAUACCAUGGUUAUUGGGGGAAAUAAAAAAGCAUUGUGAGAGUGGAGCUUAUGUUUUAAAUCACCUUCAUUGUCUGUUUGAGCAGCAGAACAGCUCGCUGGCAGAAAAUGUGCGGCCAGAGAAACUGUUUGUCAACAUCAGUGACAACCCCCUUUCACCCAUGGACUUGAGUGUGGUGAAGUAUUUUUUAAACCUGGUGAGUGGUACCAUCUAUGAACUGGACUUAACUGCCACAAACAUUAGCACAGAGGCACUGAGAGAUUUACAGCCCUACUUGCACAGAUGUGUGAAACUUUGGCUUGGAGAGAAUGAUUUGGAUGUGGAAGCAAUGCAAGUGCUUGGUGAGGUACUUCAAUCUACAGACAGCAAGAUGCAAUAUCUGGGUCUUGGUUGGACGAAUAUUGGGGAUGAAGAACUCACUGAAUUACUUGAGCCCCUAAGGAAGAACCGAACACUUAAGCAGAUAUGGAUUGAAGGAAAUAGCGUCGGCUAUAAAGGCCUUUCUAAAUUUGUUGAACUUUAUUCAAAAAACACCUCUUUGAAAGUUAUUGCUAUUUGGAACAAUGUAAAUGAAGAAGAAGCAGAAAAGCUGAAAAGGGAAUCCCCUGUGGAUUUCUUCACCAUCAGCUUUAAUGAUGACAGCAUGUGGCAGGGAUGGGGUGAGUGGAUCCUGCAGAGGUGUGAAGUGAGCAACGAUGAGAAGCUUGUCAGUGUUAUAGCCAAACUCUGCAACCCUUCUGGUUAUAACUUGAGCAUUGGUUGGGUACAGCAGUGGUACACAACACUAGGGCAGCUGAUAAGAACCAGGAGAGAGCAUUGUCAUGCUGAGGAUAUAAAAAGGAAACUGGAAAAGCUUGAAAAAACACUGCAUUUCUGAUAUUUAUUUUGUGAUCCCCCCCCCCCCCCCCCAACACACUUCUACUUAAGUGCUGCUACUGUAAUAUUCAUGCUUAUAUUAUGAUAGUUACAUUUUCCACUAAAGUUCAGUUUACUACAUUAUUUUACCAUUUUACUAUAACAGUCCAGUUUGUUUCGUAGGCCUUUUUACUUUAUUUGAUUGUGACGCGCUUUGAGAUGGCUUUGCCAUGAAAGGCACUUCAUAAUAAUAAUUUGAUUGAUUGAUUGAUAUUCUUCAUACACAAUUCUUGCUGUAGGAUGUUUCACCUCCUUUAAAAUGUGGUUGCUAUUAUGUCACUGUGACUGAAAUAGGGGUGCUUGUAUACACUUUAUAGCAGGUUAUAUUACAUAUUCCAACUCGGGAUGCAAAGCAGAAAUUAAAAAAUGUUUUUGAAUUUGGUAUGUAUUUGUGAAAAAUGUGCCCUAUUCCCUUUCAUUUACUGUACUACCUCACACCAGCACCACGGAACAGCUGGUGAGACAUGCUUCUGUUGAGCAGGUUUCUGCUUGAUGUACUGAUGCCAAAGGUAUACAUUAUACCAUUAUACCAUACCUUAUGCCAUUUUCUUACAUUUAACUGAAGUAUGCUGUGUAAAAGCUGGUAUGUAUCUAUUGUUAAUUAUACAGUGCGUGGAUUUUAAUUAAUAAAGAUGGGGUACCGGGUUUCCGUGCAAGGUUAGGUUUUUAAUCCAUGCUGACAAUUUGAAAAGGGAGUGAAUUACUCAUUUGUGCUUAUUCAAGAAUAUAAAUUAACAUUAGGCUUCCAGGUUUAUUUUUUUCCUGGAACCAUGAACGCUAUAAAAAUAGCAUCAUGACGAGGAAAGUAAGGAAUGAAGGUUUAUUAAAGCGUCAUGGUGAUAGGGCACCUUGCAUUGCAUAUAUCUUGUCCUUGACUGUCUUCCGUGUACUUAAUGCAUUUAUUUAUUUAUUUAUUUAUUUAUGUAUGUAUGUAUGUAUGUAUGUAUGUAUGUAUGUAUGUAUGUAUGUAUGUAUGUAUGUAUGUACAAUAACUUGAAACAUCACAGUAUUUAACACACAAUUAUGCAAUGCCUUUUUUCACAUACUUUUUGUACAUACUGUACUGUAUUAGUGUCUGGGUGAAAUAAAAUGUAUUUAUGACUUCAAUCAA